CUCCAAUGCGCAUGAUCAGGAAAAAUCCCACGAAUGUCCAUCACUGCCGGCACCGGCCACCGUGGUAACCUGCAGUAACCUGUUAACAGCUGAGAGGUCGUCAAACUCUUUUUAACAGAAUAACAAAAUUUUUCCUCAGUUUUCCUGUAAAAAUGCCGGUUAGUAGCCAAGUAUCGUUCUAUCUAUCAUGCAUCCUCACCGUCCUCGUGUUUUCUGGAAUGCAAAUAUACAAAGGUUGGCUGGCAUCGUCGCAACUCUACACUAUAUUAGGAGGAUAUGUUGGAUCUUUAUUGUUUAUAUGCGUGUUAACCGCUGUGGGAAACUUGGAAGCUAUGUUGUUCGGGAAAUCUUUCCAACAAAAGUUAUUUCCAGAAGUUGUGUUUUCCAUGAUCGUUAGUCUGAUCGCGUCAGGAUUGGUCCAUCGAGUCGCGACUACAACCUGCUUCCUGUUCUCCAUAGUCGCUCUGUAUUACAUCAAUCGAAUCUCGCAGGAGACUUAUUCUGUACCUGUACCUGUACCAGUAUCUAUACACUCGAAGAAAAGAAAAUAAGAAUCUUGUAACUAUGUUACACAGAAUCGAAGUACUUCGUUAUCGACAGCCUGUAAUUAACUACUUUCCCUUGUAACUAUUUUUUUAUAUGCAAAUACAACCCGAA